AUGGAGAUGACUAAAAAGAUACCCAUCCUCAGUCUCGUCGAUGCUUAUCGGAAGAAAGUCCUCCAUGGAAUCACCGAAAUCAAUACCCGACUGCAUACUUUACCAUCAGCAGCUUUUGUGAUGUAUCUUGACAAUGUUCAAAAAUCAUUGAAUUUUUGGCUUGAAGAGGUUAAAGUCCAUAUUGAACAACUCGGUUCUCUAGACAAAGCUGAAGACCUUGCGUAUGUAACUGCCUAUGAUUUAUGGCACAGCCCUAGAUGGACACUGACACUUAGUUCCAGGGCUAUGCGUGUUAUUGAGCAAGAUUUGAUGCGCAUUAUUAUUCGAGUCCAGAGUUUGCAUGAUAAACAUCAUCGAUUGAGAACUACUACACAAAUUCCAAUACCUUCAGCACCAGAGGAUUUGGAAAUUCACGGUACCGAUGAGCCGUUGCAACCUACAGCUAUUGAAAUUCAACACACUCAGGUUCCUUCGCCACUAAGGGAGAAGGUUGAAGAAAAGGCUAAAAAGCUCACCAGUGAAAGUGUUUCACAGCAACCACGGAAGAAGCUUCCUGGGGGUCCUCGGGUAUCAAUCCGCCAGGGAACAGGCAAAGUCAAGGCUUUGAGAGAGAAAAUGGGGUUAAAAUAA